AUGGUGAAAAUAGGGAAGAGUUUGAAAGAAAUUGAUGGAAUGCCACUUCCAAAUCAACAAUUACUACUCGAGUUACGAAAUAGGUUGGUAAAUGAAGAACUCGACUACAAUCGUGAAGAUUUCAGAGUUGUUCAUGAUACCAAUUUCCCGUUGCUCAACCAAUGUCAAAGCGAGGCUUAUGAAGUUAUUAUGGAUUCUGUUUACGAAAAUCGUGGUCACUUGAUAUUCAUCCAUGGUCGUGCUGGGAACAGGGAAAACAUUUCUUUGGAAAAUACCUCUUCUGGUAUCGCAACAUUGUUAUUGCCAAAUGGGAGGACUACUCAUUCUAGAUUCCGUAUACCUUUAGAUGUAACUGCAAAAUCAACAUGUGAGAUCCGUCAUGGCACACAAUUAGCUGAAUUGCUUCAAAACAAUUCUUUGAUUAUUUGGGAUGAGGCUCCUAUGGCACACAUAUAUUGCUUUGAAGCUUUAGACAAGAGUCUACACAACAUACUAAGCACCCGUUAUGAAGAUAGCAAAUCAAGGCCAUUUGGUGGUCUAACAGUCGUUUGUGGUGGUGAUUUUCGUCAAAUCUUGCUAGUCAUUCCUAGAGGCGAUGGAUCGUAUUAUGAUAAUUUUGAGGAUGAAAUGCUCAAGCUUCCUUCAGACAUUUGUUUAGAACAAUCUGAACACCCGAUACAAUCCAUACUUGAAGCAGUUUAUCCCUCACUAUUGGAUAAUUACAAAGAUCCUUCGUAUCUUACAGAAAGAGCUAUUUUAACUCCAAAAAAUGAUAUGGUGCAAGAAUUAAAUGAAUGCAUCGUGGAUAUAAUACCGGGAGAAGGAAGGACAUACCUUAGUUCUGACAAUGUUUGCAAAGUUUUGCUUUUGCGUAACAUUAAUCAAACAGAAGGGUUGUGUAAUGGAACACGAUUGAUUGUCACAUUACUUAGGAAAUGGUCUGUUAGAGAAGAUAUAAUUUCUGGAAGUCAUACAGGCAAGGAUGUUACAAUCCCAAGAAUCAUAAUGUCACCAAGCGACUCAAAAUGGCCAUUCAAGCUUAAUCGCCGCCAAAUACCAUUAGCACCAUGA